UCGAACACCACCCCCAGAGCUAGCAACAAUGGCGGAGAGACUGGUGCCGAGCACGAAGAAGGCGAUGGAGCACCGGGAGGAGAAGCCCAAGGUGCCGUCGAGCGACCCGGAGCCUGACCUGGUGACGCUGGUGGCGGAGCAGCAGCCGCAGCUGCAGCGGGAGCACCAGCCGCCCAACAUCUCGGAGAUGAAGCCGCUGACGCGGGAGGCAUACGGCGGCGGGAUGUACGGGACCGAUGAGAACGCGCGGAGGGAUCCCGCGCGGCCGCGCGCCAGCGCCACGCAGAGCGCCGACGGGCCGGAGGAGCAGCGCGCCGCUACGUGGCCCACCCACCCGCCGCCGCCGUCCACCGGCGACCGCGACCUCGACAUCACCGGACAGUCCUACAUCCAGUAGUAGCCGCCUGUGCGGCUGCGCCGAGCGCCGCGCUUGGCCUUGGGUGCACGCUUUGUUAUUGUUGUUUUUUUUUUUGCCUGUUUAUUACACAAGUACUACUUGCUUUUUUAUUACUUGGCUCUGUACGUGCCAAGUUGUACACGUCGCUUUGUUACCAUGUACAGUAGUAUAGUACUAGUAGUUUUUAACGAAUAAAGGUGUGGGCUUGGGCUUGCAGAAAGCCCGAAAAAGAUUGAAGCCAUUCAACUAAGCCCAGCCCAGUGGAACUUGCCGCCGUCGUCAUACUCGGCCCAUUUGUUCCAUUCCGUUGAUUUGGCUCAGCAAGUCAGCAUCAUGCAGAAUUCGACCGAAACAAAUCCAGAUGACGGAAGACAAAAUGGAACUGAACUCUGCGAUGCGACGGUGCCACGGGCGAGAUCGAUCUGGAAAUCUCCAACCAAAUCCAAAUCCAAACCCACAUCACUCGCACUAUCCACACGGACGACCCCACGCAUAUUUUCCGCGACAGCAGCAGACGUGAUCGGCUCCGAACGCACCGCAGCCAAGCGCUGGUACGUUCCAAAACCCAAGCACCACCGUCAACGCCAAUGCUUAUCCGCUUCGCCGAGCCUGCAGCAUGCCUAGCAGGAGGAAGCAGAAAAAAAAGAAAAGAAAACAUGCAUCCGCGGCCGGCAGCGCGUCGCGCCGGUCCCUCACUCCGAGUCACCGACCCGGAAGCUAGAUCCAGAUCAGCAAUUUUAUCCACUCGCGCGGUCGGCGUCGGGUGAAAAGGCACGGCGGCCCCGGCGGCACUGGGGCCAAAUCGCCACGCCGGGGGGACGGGGGCGAGGAUAGUCCUGGGCUCCUGGCUCGCCCUCGGCGAAGCUGAGCCACGAGUUACCUCAACGACAACACCUGGGGGCGCCUUGCCUGCCACGUUUGAACCGGUCCCCCCGUGCUCCCGUCGGCGUGGAGGAUCCGUGGCCGCGAGAGCUGGCGCUUUUCCACGUAACGCUGCCGGGGGCCUGAUCCUGAUCCGGUUUCCGCCGCCACGUUGGCCCAGGAAGCGUUGUCCACAUGUUCCGGGUCGCUGUGGAGCCACGUCGGACUUUUGAAGAACUUGAACUUUUGAAGUAGCAGUACCUUUGUACUGCCAUGUCGGGUAACGUGGUGUAGGCGUAAAGAAUGCUCUAAUUUCGAAAUGUUGCCAGUGCAAUCUACAAUACUUGAGGCAUAUUUCAUACACGAGCU